AUGCAGAUGGGUCUUUGCUUGCAGUCUGUGCCCCAGGCUUGUACGGCCUAUAUCCCCGUGGCUUUAUCUUUCAAUCUCUCCUUAUUGGAGUUUCAAAAAUGUGAGACGCGGACAUACCUAGAUGUAUCCGGUCACUUUGUCCACGGCAACACCGAAUCCUGCGCGUCCCAGCCCGCUGUCCCCUCCGUCAGGGAGAGUACCGCCAUGGUGGCCGGUACCGGUGCUGGUAUCGGUAUCGCCGUGGGUCUCACUGAUACCGGUGCCAAUGUUGCCUUAUGGUAUGGCACCAACACCAAGGCUUUCGAGCGCGCCCAGAGAACUGCUAUCAAGCACGGCUCAUAUCAGGUCAACAUCACAAACGCCAAAAUACUCAAGCAGGCUAUCCAGCAAAGCGUGAAGGACUUCAAUGGCCGGCUGGACGUCUUCAUCGCCAAGAAUGGCAUCCCAUGGACCCCUGGAAGCCGGCUGCUGAUGGCAUCCUGA